AUGAACAGAAAAAGGACUCUGAUUUCAGACACUUUGAUGGUGAAAAAACAAACUGACACAGUGAAGUUUGGAGUAGUCAGUGAUGUGGAAGGCCCAGCUGACAUCAGAUCGACUCUGGAGGACCUCAUGACCCUGUUCCCCCGAAAGGUCUUCAACGACACCUUACCUCCAAUAGUGCUGAAGCACCAGCUGUACAGUGUGCACAGAGACAAGACGAUGGUGGACAGAGAACUGAGUAAGCUGCGGGAUCAAAGAGAGGUGGUGAUGUUCCAGUUGGGGUUUGAUCCUGAAGCUUUUGGACUGGUUUUUCCUUCAGACUACAAGACCAAAGUGUUGGCAGGAGAGGAGGGCAGAGCCACGCGAGCGACUGUGGAGAGGUUCUUGGACAAAGUUUUGUCUUCUUUCACAGAUCUGAGCUACAGCAAAGAGAAGAUGCUCAGGGACUUCCUCUUCACAGACUCAGAGAUAACACAGCUGGUUGAAGUCAGGGUUUUGACAGUGAGGGACGCCGGCAGCUGGUGGCUUCCAUCCCAAACUCUGGCCAAUUCACCAAAUACUUCAUACAAGGUCAUAAAGCGGUUGCUCAGCAUUGAUUAAAAAGUCCAAAUACGGUGAAGUCUUAAAGGCAGACCUUGAGGAGAGGCGAACAACGACACAAGUAAAAUUCCCAUGAAGUCCCACAUCCAUGACAUUGUUGGUGCAGAGUGGUGAAGAGUAUACCAACAACUACAGGGACACUGUUACGGUUCGUUGACUCCUGAACUGCUGCAAUGAGGCUGACGCCAGCUUUUGGUCAAGGCGGUGACUGAAAAUGCCAAAUAUGGACAAAGAUUAGUUUGUAUCCAAACUGUUCAUGUAAAGUGUGCCAACUAUGAGUAAAACCUUGUGGGUUUAUGGUUUACCAGUUAUGCUGACAUAAAUGUUAAGUUUUAACUUGUAAUAAAACUUAUCUGAAACA